UUUGUCAGACAAGAUAAUAAGAUAAUGACUACGUAUACAGGACUAUCCUACUUAAAGAGACGUGUUCCGAGCUAUAAUUCAAGCCUGCACAAGGCUGUUGCGCCGGUUAGGAGGCAGUGCGCCGGCAGUACGCUCUCAUUGUGUUUACAAUCGCAGUUCAUUAAACACGAAUACAAAUACAUAAAAAGUAACAUUUAAAUCGUAGUUUUGUUGCUUAAUUUUCUACACUGUGACAAUAUUCCAACAAUGUCUAUUCCGGAAUCUUUUGUGCUGACUGGAGGUGAUUUGUUGCCGCGAAUCGGUUUUGGAACUUGGCAGGCAUCAGAUGAUGUACUAGAGCCCGCAGUAGCAGCGGCUCUUGAAGCUGGUUACCGCCAUUUUGAUUCUGCGCGUGCCUAUGAGAACGAGGCUGCGCUCGGUCGAGCUCUCAAUCGUUGGAUCGGCAAUGACCUUAACAAGAGGAAGGAACUCUUUGUCGUCACCAAGCUACCACCAGGAGGAAACAGGCCGGAUUUAGUGGCGGAGUAUUUCAAUGCUUCGAUGCGUGACCUCGAUCUGGACUACCUCGACCUGUACCUCAUGCAUACGCCAUUCGCAUUUGAACACGUCCCUGGCGACCUGCAUCCUAUGAACCCUGAUGGAACCAUCAGAGCAGACCUCACCACAGAUCUCGUUGGAGUUUGGAAGGCGCUACUCAAGCUAAAGGAGAGCGGUCGAGUGCGUCACGUGGGCGUGUCUAAUGUGAACGAGGCGCAGCUGCACCGGCUGUGUGCGGUGGAGAAGCCGGCCUGCCUGCAGAUAGAGGUACACUUGCUGUGCCAACAGAGGGAGCUCAUCGCCGCAGCCAACAAGCUCGGUAUACCCAUCGUCGCGUAUUCUCCACUCGGCUCAAAAGCUCUCGCAGAUGCGUUAGCCGCUAAAACGGGGCGCGAAUACCCAGACCUACUAAAGUUACCAGCGGUAUUAAAAAUAGCAAAAAGCCACAACAAGACGCCUGCCCAAGUGCUACUGAGACAUCUGCUGCAGAGCGGAGUCGCUGCCAUACCUAAAAGCACCAAUCCAGAGAGAAUCAAACAGAAUAUCUCUGUAUGGGAUUUCGAACUGUCAGAUGAAGAAAUGUCAGAUUUGCGCGCGCUAGACCGCGGCGAGGACGGACGGAUAUGUGACUUCUCUUUCUUUAAAGGCAUCGAGAAGCAUCCGGAAUUCCCCUUCAAGAAAUCGUGAAACCAUUUCAAUACAAACAAUACAUUGUUCAAUAUAUAACUUAAACACCAUAAAUAUCGUUGAAAAUAUUAUUAUGAAGCACUAAAA